AUGGAUCUCCCCCCGAAGCUUGGCCUCUUCUACUCUUCCACUCGAGCAACAAUGAGUCGAAAUUCACAAUUUCGACCGGAUCGUGAGCCAUUACAGGAUCACCCGGCAUUAGAACUUCGUCGAAGUCAUGUCUCUGGUCCUUUCUCAUUCCUAAAUCCCACAUGGGCCUGGUACGCACCUACCACCGAUCGCCGGGCCGGUGAGACGUCAGAGCCCCGACCCAGCCCCUCUCCGCCAGCACACGUCCAACAUCUCUGGCGAUCUCGCGAUAAUCGCAAGGGGCGUCAUGCAUUACGUGUCGACUAUCGUACGGUUGCAAGGGGUAUUCUCCGCAUGGCGACCCACGCGCCUUAUUGGGAUGUAUCUUACUUGGUCGCGGUAACAUUCACGCUCGGAUCGGUGGUAUGGAUCAUCAAUGCAUUUUUCGUGUGGUUACCUCUUGUAGACCCGAAGACCGAGUUUCCCGGCGAGUCUCUAGACGGCGGGGGUAUCAGUGCGUUGAUCGGUGCGACUAUUUUUGAAAUCGGAAGCGUGCUGCUGCUCCUGGAAGCGGUCAAUGCAAAUCAAACCGGCUGUUUCGGCUGGGCGCUUGAAACGGAGUUGAAGAAGGCUGAGGGUAAAACAUCGCGUUCCGUUGCUGUCACUCAACUCAAACCAAACCCGCAUGAAUGUCGCCACCACCAUGCGAACAGGAAAAAUCUCGUCGGAGCAGGAAGGCAUUUACAUCGACAUAUUUCUCACGAUUCUAUGGCUGGAUAUACGACCUCGUCCAAGACCAACGACAAAUCAUUCCGCUGGCUACCAUCGUGGUCGGAACUGAAGUCGCAUUACAUACAUGAGCUGGGGUUCCUCGCAUCUCUCGUGCAAUUUCUUGCGGCGACGAUAUUCUGGAUCGCGGGAUUCACCGGGAUGCCUGGUAUUACCAAUCAUUUGAGUCAAGGCUUAGCGGAUGGAGUGUACUGGGUACCUCAAAUAGUUGGUGGGAUCGGGUUCGUCAUCAGUGGCCUGCUGUUCACUUUGGAGACUCAGGAAAGGUGGUACAAGCCAGCAUUCCAUGUUCUAGGAUGGCAUAUUGGUACCUGGAAUUUUAUAGGGGGUAUUGGAUUCACUCUUUGUGGUGCGCUGGGUCCAGCGAUUGGUCACUCUGGUAUUGAGUACCAGGCUACGCUGGCUACUUUCUGGGGCUCAUGGGCGUUCAUGAUUGGGUCUACGAUUCAAUGGUUUGAAAGUUUGCAGAAACAUCCUGUUGAGACGAAAGGUGAUCCCAAGCUAGCAGUCUCUGAUGAGAAUGGUCAAUAG